AAAUAGCGUUGACAUAAAAAUGUUUGAAGAAAAUGUCCUGAUUGUUGAUAUAAAUAAUCUAAACUGACAUUUUGGACGUGUCCUCGUGGCAUUCGACUGACAUUUGCAUUAUGAAAAUGAAAUUUUCAGUUUGAUUUUUGUUCGUUACUAGUUAGUGGUUGGUACACACCGUCCGUUCGCAAAUAACUUUAAUGUUUCACUAUUUUAAAUAUAUAAUGUUAUGAUUGUUGAACAUUAUACGUCAUCCGUGGGCGGAACCAAAGUUCGGCUAGUUGACAUUUCUUAACCGCAAAACCUGUCAACAAUGUAUGCCCAAAAAAAAUAUAUAUAUAUAUCUGCCGCAUGAUAAGGUGGCAUAUAAAUAAAACUCCACAUUACAUCAUUUAAAAUAGAACGUCAUUGUUUACAAUUUGUGUCAAUUUAGAAAGGUGGCUAUUCUCGUCUGACGUGUCCGGCCGGAAUGGAUGACCACUUCCGGUCUAGCUAGCAAGCUUAGAGUGGCGGCGAGAGUUUAAGGAGAUUUUCAUGCCUUCAAUUGGCUUCCUGCUCUUUUCAGGCUGUUGUGAUGUCAUCUUCAGAGUCCAAGCCCCCCACUCCAACCCUGGGAGACUCGUACAAGGGCUGGCUCUUCAAGUGGACCAACUACAUCAAAGGUUACCAGAGACGCUGGUUCGUCCUUAACAAUGGACUGCUCUCAUAUUACCGGAGCCAAGCCGAGAUGGGCCACACGUGCCGCGGCACCAUCAACCUGGCCACGGCUAACAUCGUUGUGGAGGACUCGUGCACCUUCGUCAUCUCCAACGGGGGCGCGCAGACGUACCACCUGAAGGCCAGCUCGGAGGUGGAGCGCCAGCGCUGGAUUACCGCCCUGGAGCUGGCCAAAACAAAAGCCUUUCCCUCGCCCGAUCUAUCCGAUGAGUCGGGCAGCGUGGAAAUUCAGUCCACCCUGCGCAUGCUCAACGGCAAAGUGGAGGACCUCAACACCUGCAACGAUCUUAUCGUCAAGCACGGAUCAGCCCUGCAAAGAUCUUUGUCAGAACUGGAGGGCAUUCACGCCGCAGCGGACAUGAGCGAGAAGAUCAGACAAGUCACCGAGAGGGCCACGCUCUUCCGAAUCACUUCCAACGCAAUGAUCAACGCGUGCCGAGACUUCCUGGCCAUGGCUCAGAACCACAGCAGGCGCUGGCAGAAGUCUUUUCAGCUGGAGAGGGCGCAGAGGAUCCGCUUGGAGGAGAUGCUGGAGCAGCUGGCCAAGCAGCACAACCACCUGGAGCGAGCUUUCAGGGGAGCCACCGUGCUGCCGCCGUCGCACGACGACAUGGACGGAGGGAGCAAAGGCGGAUUGUCGGGAAAGGGGGACGCCAGCGACGAGGAUGACGACGACAACGAGUUUUUCGAUGCCAUGGAGUUCAUCACCGUUCCCGCGGACCCCAAAUAUCACAGGAGAUCCAGCAGCAACACAAGCAGGCUGAGCAACGAGACCAGCGCGGACGACCUGUCGUUUGACGAGCUGUCGCUGGCGUCCAGCCCGGAGUCCCCGCCGCCUCUGAAGCCGGAACCGGUCAGGCGACGGCGGACGUGCAUCCCGGAGAAACCCAACUACUACCUCAACCUGUGGAGCAUCAUGAAGAACUGCAUCGGCAAGGAGCUCUCCAAGAUACCAAUGCCCGUGAAUUUCAACGAGCCGCUGUCCAUGCUGCAACGCCUGUCCGAGGAUCUGGAGUACUACGAGCUGCUGGACAAGGCGGCCAAGUGUUCGAGCUCGCUGGAGCAGAUGUGCUACGUGGCCGCCUUCACCGUGUCGUCCUACUCCACCACCGUCCAGCGCACCGGCAAGCCCUUCAACCCUCUGCUGGGGGAAACCUUCGAGCUGGAUCGCCUGCCCGAGUGUGGCUACCGCUCUCUUUGCGAGCAGGUGAGCCACCACCCGCCCGCAGCAGCCCACCACGCCUUCUCCGAGAAAGGCUGGACGCUCCGACAGGAAAUCACCUUAGCCAGCAAGUUCCGAGGAAAAUAUUUGUCCAUCAUCCCCUUAGGCUCUAUCCAGUGCAUCUUUGCCAAGAGCGGCAACCAUUACUCUUGGAAGAAAGUGACCACCACCGUGCACAAUAUUAUCGUGGGCAAGUUAUGGAUCGAUCAGUCAGGGGAGAUCGAUGUGAUCAACCACAAGACGGGCGAUCGCUGCCACUUGAAGUUCACUCCCUACAGUUACUUCUCCAGAGAUGUGCCACGAAAGGUGACGGGCGUGGUGACGGACAAAGACGGCAAGGCGCAUUACGUGCUGUCGGGCACGUGGGAUGAGAAGAUGGAGUUCUCCAGGAUCAUGCAGAGCAGCAAGAGCGCAAACGGCGCCGAGGGCAAGCAGAGGACCGUCUACCAGACUCUCAAAGCCAAGGAGAUAUGGAGGAAGAACCCUUUGCCAGAGGGAGCAGAGAGCAUGUACUUCUUCUCCACGCUGGCGCUGACGCUCAACGAACCCGAGGAAGACGUGGCGCCCACCGACAGCCGGCGGCGCCCCGACCAGCGUCUCAUGGAAGAGGGUCGCUGGGACGAGGCCAACGCCGAGAAGCAGAGGCUGGAGGAGAAGCAGCGGACGGCUCGUCGGGAAAGAGAGCGGGAGGUCGUCAAGGCGGCCGACGCGCCCGACGAAGCUGACACGGAGGACGCUCCUAACCUUCACACUGCUUCUCCUCCUCCUCCUCUUCUUCUUCCUCCUCUCACAUCCGUCCAUCCAGACAGCUACCAAUCGCUGUGGUUCGAGAAGGUCGACGACCCCACCUCGGGAGAGACCAUGCACGUCUACAAGGGCGGCUACUGGGAGACCAAGGACGGGGGCGGCGGCUGGGACGUUUGCCCCGACAUCUUCUGACCCUAGGCUCUGGUGGAAAAGGUUACAUAAAAAAAACAAAAGAAUUAAAUCAGAAUUUUGCUCAAAUUGACAAUAUUCGGAGGCUCAAUUUUUUUUUCUUCUGCACUUUGUACAAUUUUUGCUUCCCUACAGACUGAAGGACUGCAGUGGAUGAGAUCAUUCCUUGUUUUCUACUUUUAAAGUGUGCUUACCUUCUGUCAUCAAAUACAGAGCGACGUUCCCCCCCCGCCCCCCCUCGCAAACUGUGGUGCCUUGACAUACGAGUUUGAUAUAUUCCACAUCAAUACUCGUAACUCACAUACAGCCAUGUAGACACAAGCAAAAAAAAAAAAGUACUACAAUUGUAAGAUGCUGUAAUAUUAGUCCUUUCUCAUAAAGGACUCGAGUGUUGUUAUAUUA